AUGAGUGAAACAUUAGUGUAUCAGAAGAGCUUGAAAGUGGUGCUGCUGGGGGAGUCCGCUGUUGGGAAGUCUGCGAUAGUGACGAGGUUCAGCACUGGGAAGUACCUGCGGAACAAUGCCACCAUUGGGGCGGCGUAUGUGACCAAAGACCUGGAGUAUAUACGAGACGGAGACGUAUACCAAGUGCGGCUGGAGAUAUGGGAUACCGCUGGGCAGGAGCGGUACAGGUCCCUGACUCCGAUGUACUACAGGAACACAGACGUUGCCAUUGUGGUAUUUGAUGUGAGUAACCUGCGGAGUCUAUCGAUGGCACACAAAUGGAUAGACGAGCUGAACACAUAUGUGGAGAACAAAGGACGGGAGAGGAUAAAUAUCGUACUUGUGGGCAAUAAGAUGGACCUGUGCAGUGACGAGGAGCGUAGUACCUUGCCACAAAGAGUUGAAGAGCAGUUUCAGGCCGUGAGCGCAAAGUCAGGGGAAGGCAUAGAGGAGCUAUUUGAUCAUAUCGUCAAGGGUAUACCGUCAGACCAAUUCACGCUGAAGAGUGCUGCAGUUGAACAGCCAGACAAUGUCGUAAACCUGAAUAAUAAAUCGGUAUUGCAAUCAACAUGUAAUUGCUAA